CUUUUUCCGCCCCUCCUAUUUAGUCUCGCCCACCUCCGCCUUCUUCUCCAGCAGCAGAUCGAGCACACUGUCACACACCCCAGAACUCUGACAACCCACAUCCAUCUCUAGCUGCUACCAGCUGAAGCACACUAGCACCAAGGAAGACGCCAUGGACGCGGUGGAGUCCACGUCGCCGCCGUCGCUGCGCCACAAGCUGCGGACCACCGUGUGCGGCUGCUUCGGCUCGCCGGGCAGCGGCGACGAAAGGCCGCAAAGCGGCGGCAGGACCAGGUGGAGGCGGCGGGUGGCGGCCGCGGGGGAGUUCAGGUACGACCCGCUCAGCUACGCGCUCAACUUCGACGACGGCGGCAGCGGCAGCGACGACGGGGCGGAAGCAGAGAACGCGGCCUUAAGGUACCCGAACUUCAGCUCGCGCCUGCCUCUCUCGCCGGCGCCGGCGUCCCGAGCCGUCGCCAUCGCCUGAAGUCCUUUGCUGCUUCUGUAGCUUUUGUCUCUCUGAUAUUUCUUCUUGUCCGAGUGAGACUGAAUCAGCUCUGUAAAAGCAGUUUAUACGGCCGUGCAAAUACGGCCGUGCAAAUUGUCCGAGUGAGACUGAAUCAGCUCUGAAUCAGCUCUAAUACCAGUGCACCAGUAGCAUCAUGUAUGCAUAUAGGAAGCAAUCAAACAAUUUUCUCAAUGCAAGAUGAAUUCAUUUUCUUUUGGAUGA